GAGAUACAAAUUUAAGGAAAAAUGGCGUACUCAUCGGCGUUAUUCUCUCGUGUCUGCUUCACAACCAACCAACAUUCCAAUCCUAAUCCUAUUUCUAUUCCUAAAUUACAUAAACUAAACAAUCGGAGAACCCUAACUGUAUCCGCACUGGGAGCCGACACAUUCGACGGAACAACACUCGCGGUCAUCGGAGGUGGCUCAGUCGCAGCAAUCGCUGCCGCAAUUUCACUCGCGGACCCGGAGAAACGCCGCCAGUUACAGGCGGAGGAGGUUGGUGGUGGUGACAAGGAGGUCGUGAGGGAGUAUUUUACUAACGAUGGGUUUCAGAGGUGGAAGAAGAUAUAUGGUGAUACGGAUGAGGUCAAUAAGGUGCAAUUGGAUAUACGAAUUGGACACGCGAAGACGGUAGAGAAUGUGAUGAAAAUGUUGACCGAUGAAGGCCCGCUUCGAGGCGUUAGUGUAUGUGAUGCUGGAUGUGGCACCGGAUGCCUCUCUAUCCCGUUGGCCAAGGAAGGUGCCAUUGUUUCAGCCAGUGAUAUUUCACCUUCCAUGGUUUCUGAAGCUGAGAAGCAGGCAAGAGAAGAACUUGUGGGCAUAGAUGAUUUACAGAUGCCAAAGUUUGAAGUGAGUGAUUUGGAAAGCUUAACUGGGAAGUAUGAUACAGUAGUGUGUCUGGAUGUAAUGAUACACUACCCACAAAGUAAGGCCGAUGCCAUGAUUGCCCACCUGGCAUCUCUAGCUGAAAACCGCUUAAUACUCAGUUUUGCGCCCAAAACAUUAUAUUACGAUCUGCUGAAGAGAAUAGGAGAGCUUUUCCCAGGACCUUCUAAGGCAACAAGAGCAUAUCUUCACGCAGAGGCUGAUAUAGAACGGGCACUGCAAAAGGUUGGCUGGAAAAUAAGAAAGAGAGGCCUCACCACCACACAAUUCUAUUUUUCAAGGAUUGUCGAAGCAGUCCCUGCUUAGCGUAAAAAGAAAUCAGAUUUAAAUGCAACCUUGAAGUCCGGGAUUAUUUUUUGAUAGCGGUAUGUUCUAUAAAUCUGUGCUCACAUUCUAUGCAUGUAUUCUUUAACACAAUGUUCAAUUAGUCUAGAUGAUCAAGAACUCCAGCAUUUGCAAUGAAAAGAAGCAUGCAUCUUCAUAAAUC